CUGGCGCAGCGGGUGCUGAUGGGAAGUUUUAACGUUAGCUGUUAGCUCCUCACGUUGUGUUUGUUCACUCUGUUUCUGUUUGUUGACUUUGUUUCUAGAAAACAUGGCUCUCAACAUUCAGACGCCCCGUGUUUCUUUGACUUUGCCCAUAUCGUGUCAGAUAUGUCUUGGGAAGGUUAGGCAGCCGGUCAUUUGUACCAACAACCACGUGUUCUGCUCUUUGUGCAUGGAGACGUGGUUAAAGAAGGCAGAACAAUGCCCCACAUGCAGAGUGGCCAUCACUCCAGAAAACCCCUGCAGAGAAAUCAUUGGAGGCAGCAGUGAGAGCGAUCACAGCCAUAGCCCUUCAACAAAAAAAUAUCUCAGAAAAACCAGAGUGGAAAGUCUAUUACAGGAGUAUGAGGAAGAAAUUGACGGUCUCAUCAGAGAAAAUGAGGACCUAAAAACAAAAAAUCUAAGUCUGAAGACAGAACUGAAGACUGCUUUGGAUUCCUGCACCAUCAACGCUGUGCAGACAGAAGACAAGAAAGCUGACCUGGACAAACAGGAAAAUAAAUUGCAAGCUGCCACUGAUGUUUGGAAUGAAGUAAUGCAGAAAAUGGACAAGAUUAAGGAGGUAAAUAAGGUUCUGCGAUCUCAAAAUGUUGACCUUGUCCAAGAGAAUAUGAGAUUGAAAGCAGAGGUGGCAAGCAGAUCUCCACAGAAGUUUGGUCGCUACACAGUAGCAGCACUGGAAGCUAAAAUACAGCAGUACGAGCGUAAUGUGGACCAACUGAAGAGAGCUCUAGAGCGCAGUGACCAGUAUAUUGAAGACCUGGAGUCUCAAAUCAGGAGGUGUGAGAUGAGUUGUGCUGAAAUGCAAGAGAUGUGGGGAAAAGGCAGUUCCGACUCAGAAGCUCUGACAGAGCAGCAGAGAAUUAACAUGAUGAAGAGAAGUUUGAGUGACAAUGAGCGGAAGUCAAUCUGCAGUAAUCCAGAGGCGGCAUCUCUCUCUUUACCCAGAAGUCUCAGUCUGACGGUCAAGUCUUCUACAGAGCUCUCGGAUCACAGCAAGUUUGUCAACCUGAAAUGGAAACUGAAAAAUGAGCACCUGGAUAGCGCCACCUCAGACUUGUUGCCCUCCACUCCAUCUUCUGCCUUCCGUUCACUGACGCUAAAGAGCCCCAGUAUCUGUACAAAGAAAGUUGCAUUGAAGCCAGCGCCACAUCUGAGGAGGCUUGAUUUUGAAGGACUUCCUUGCAGUAGUGUGACAGAUACAGAGAAUCAAUUCACUGGCCUCUCCAAAUUCAUCAAUGGACUACAUUCCAACUUGGAUUCGCCAAAAUCUGUCAUCUGGGGAGCUUGGCAAAGGACCAGCUUUAAAAUGCAGUCCUGUGCAGACCCAAAUGAAGAAAAUCCAGUCACUGGGUCCAAUACUGUUGUUGAGCCUGAUGGUUUCCAGUUUUCCAGUGAGGCAUCCAUGGACGCAGCUUACCGUGACAAAAUCUCAGAAUUGGACUCCAUGAUGCUUGAUGGAGAGAGUUCCAGUAGUCAUGGUUCUCAGCUCUCCAGUUCCUUUUCUCCCCUGACAGACCUGGACACCACUCUCAUCCCAGAAUCACAGUCCUGCUCUGAUGUGACAACAGACUGUUGUGACAGCCUUGCAACAGGUUGUUGUGAGCAAAAACAUUCACCCAGCGGCCUCAUGGGUGGUGUCGUGGAUGACACAGAGGCUCCAAAUGACUCUGCAGAGGAAGGUUUUGCUCCACCACUGUCAGGUACCUGCAACACCCUUGUGCCCAACUGCUCAGGUACCGCAGGACCGUCCCAUGCAGAAGAACUCUCUUUUGAUUUGCUGUUUGACCCACUGGAAGAAUGUAAGGAUGGUCCCUGUGGUUCUCUCAGUCCAGCGAGCCAACACCAGGAGCAUGAGGACCCGUCCUCCUCUGCCCGUAGAUCUGACAACACAAGAGAUGGACACACGGUGAACAUCAGCCAGCUGGCAAAGAGGAAGUUUCUCAGUCCAUUUCAUACAAACAGUCCAUUAAAACUGUCCAAAUUCAUGUGAAAGCUUCAGAAUAUGAACCUUGUAUCCUUACGGUUCCACUCACUGUGAUGUGUUAGGCUUCAUAACCACGGUUUACCGAAACAUUUGCACCAUUUGAAGCUUCUGAACGAAUGAAUGAGGCCUGGGUGUUAACUCGCCUUGACCCGAUUCUUAUUUGUUGUCGUAUUGUGUGAAUUAAAUGGUAACAGUUUUGUUAGGCAGUAGUUUAUGUAGUAGUAGAAGUACUAGGUCCCAGCAAAGAUUUUUAACUUUUGCAAACUUUUGCUUUAACUAAUUUGAAUUGAGCAGUGAAAAAUGUUAGGAAAUAAAAUGAGAAGUGAU